AUGCAUUUUGAGGACAUUGCAACAGAAAGUCGCUUGCAAGCUCAGGGACAGGUGGAGCAGCUAACGGAUCUUCAUGCUGAUCGAUUAAAAAUUUAUGAUCAUUUUGUGGAUGCUGUGAACAAAUUCAAAAAUACCAAGGAUUUGGCAGCAUUUGCAACAGCAAGAAAAAAGGCAGAGAAUGAUCUGAAAAACAUUGGGCAAGCUAUCGGUGAUCUGCAAAGCGAAUUAAAAUCUACUAACGCUGACAUAUCUGACAAGCUGAACGAAGUCAAUAAAAUACACAAAUUAAUGAUGGAUGUUAUAAACAAUUAUUUGGGACAGACGGAACGCUUUGUUAAAGGGCAGCUUUCCAAAGCGGCUUUCACCGAUGCAGAGAAGUCGUAUGCACAAAAGCUGAACGAAGCAAAGGAGAAAAUGAAUUCUGUAAUUUAUGCUCUGUAG